ACUCAGAAGAAGUGAGUCAGUCAAUAACAUUAUUCGAGGAGGCUGCACAUCUCCCAAGAUAAGAAGGACUCUGUUACUAACUCAUUGCCUGACAUCCCUGGCAGUAAAGGAUGCUGCCUACUCAACAGUAAAGGAGGAGUUGGCAGAAAUAUUGAAUAGGAUGAAAAUAACUUGGGUUGGCCAGAAUCAAAAAGGCACCUGUCGAAUUGGAAACUUACAGCAUGUACCAGGCGUGAUAACACUAGACUGUCCAAUCAAGUAAUCACAAAGGAAUUUUCGCAGAGCCACUUGCAGUGCCUGGAAUGGAUGGAUACAGUAUAAUACCAUGUUAUUGGCUCUAUAUUGUCACAGCUAAUGGAUAAUUGAAUAGUCAUAAAAGAUGGGUGUGAAUCAAAUGAAAACUACUCCUUAAAAAUGAGAAAGAUCACAAGCUUAGAGGAAGAAUUCAGUAGUCAGAGAUGUCACUUCACAUCACUUAAAGCUGAUGCCAGCUAGGAGAGCAUUACUGAAUCUAAUGAUUUAACACAGUGCUUUUUAACUAUCCAUGGAUUUUCAAAUAGAAGAAGAGCCCUCUGUUAGCACGAACACACAUUGUACAAGAAAUAAAAAGGGAGGAUGUUUAAAGAGACUAGAUUCUACUUGGAGAUUCUUCCAUUCAGCCCACUUUUUUGUCUACCUGACUCAUUUAAUAUCUACAUGGGGCGAUCGCAUGUGGCACUUUGCUGUCUCACUUUUCCUGGUGGAACUCAAUAACAAUAGUUUGCUGCUUCCAGCAGUUUUUGGUUUGGCUGUUUCUUCAUCACUUAUUUUAUUUGGUGCCUUAGUUGGAAACUGGGUUGACAGAAACACCAGAAUGAAAGUUGUGCAAGUUGCUCUUCUUAUCCAGAAUCUCUCUGUGAUCUUAUGUGCUGUGGUGCUUAUGUUGCUAUUUGUUUAUAAUGCUGAGAUCACUAUCCUAUGGAAUGGUUGGAUGAAGAUUGUUUGUUACACAUUGGUGAUUGUCAUCGGUGUGAUUGCAGACCUGGCUAGCACAGCAAUGUCAAUUGCCAUCCAACGGGACUGGAUUAUAGUGGUUGCUGGAGACAGUGACAAACUAUCAAGCAUGAAUGCUACAUUGAGGCAAAUUGAUCUUCUCAGCAAACUGCUUUCACCAUUGGCCGUGGGCCACAUUAUGGCUAACACAUUUUCUGUAGCUGGAUGUGGUUUUAUAGCUGGUUGGAAUUUGUUCUCCAUGUGUUUUGAAUAUUUGUUGCUGCAAAAAAUAUAUAAAAUGACUCCAGGACUUGCAAAAAAAGGUGAUAACCAGAAGAAGGAGGAAGAAGUUUCAGAAAGAAAUCAGACUGCUUUUAAAGAUGGAAGAAUGGCCUCCGCUGCAGUUUCAGUUGAGGAUGAGCUGGUAAAUAACAACUGUACAAAUCAAAAUGACAAGGAAACAGGCUGUAUCAAAGGCAUUCUGGUUUCUGGAAUCAGGACAUUCCGAGACGGUUGGAUUAUCUAUUAUAAGCAACCAAUGUUUCUUGCAGCAUUGGGUCUUUCAUUUCUUUACAUGACAGUACUAGGAUUUGAUGGAAUUACUAUAGGGUAUGCUUACGCACAAGGAAUAAGCAGUUCUGUACUUAGCAUCAUGGUGGCACUGUCUGCUGUCACAGGACUAAUAGGAACUAUGUUUUUCACCAUAUUGAGAAAAUAUUGCGGCCUUAUUCACACUGGAUGUUUCUCAAGUAUUGCACAGAUCACUUGCCUUACACUAUGCGUUGCAUCUGUGUUUGCUCCUGGAAGCCCACUUGUUUUGAUUGCACCUCUGUAUUCAAGUGCAUCGGAUCAGCUGGAAAACUAUACAACUACCAUCUUUCCCACUGACGUUUUGAAUACAUCUGUCACUAGUGUUCAAUAUGACGUACCUUCGCAACUACCAACCAACCUGACGAAUUUCACAGAAACAAAGGAAUAUCUUUCCAUAGCACUAUAUUUUGCUGGUGCUGUUUCAGCAAGAGUUGGUUUGUGGAGCUUCGACCUGACAGUAACACAGCUUAUCCAAGAAAUGGUUUAUGAAUCAAAAAGAGGAAUUGUAAAUGGCGUUCAGGGCUCCAUGAAUGGUAUUAUGGACCUUCUCCACUUUGUCAUGGUUAUCAUCAUCCCGGCACCCGAACAUUUUGGUAUUCUUGUUAUCCUGUCUGUGAUCUUUGUUUCAGUGGGUGGGUUGCUUUUCUUUUGCUUUGCAAGAAAGACUUUGGGAAAGGAUUUAUUUAAAUGUGUUUGUAUGAAGGAAAAACACUCUGAGAAUGGCAAAGAUCCAAAGAUUGUAGCAGAAUCUAUCCUUUGAUGGGCUGUUGUAGAUUUUAGUGUUAGUUUAGAGGAUUUGACAGAAGUUAAUAUCACAAAACAGUUUCUAUGAGGUGUAUUACAAUGAAAAUCCAGAACAUGGAGACUAAUGAGAAUUCAUUUCAGCUUGAGGACAGAGACUGCAAUACACAAUCAGUAAUAGAACUAAAGUAUUUAAAAAUAAUAUCGUUUCAAGUAUAACUUGACUGAGUUUUUUUUAACUUAUUUUGUCUUAAAAAUUGCCAAUACAGUUUGACUAAUAAAUCAGGUGAAAGUUUGUGUGUGUGUACACGCACAUUUGAUUUUCUGCACAUUUUUACCAAAGGGAGAUUCUGGGCAGAAUCUUAUAUAUUUUGGCUAAAUUGAAGUUGUGUUAGGGUUUCACGCUGUGAUAGCUAGUGAGUUUUCUACUCAUAGCCUACUAAACACGCAACAUUAAUUAUCUUCCAUGUGCCAUGACGUCUCUUGCAUCUGAUUUUCACCUCAUCUUCCCACACCGUGUUUCUGUAACAACUUGCUGCUCAGUGGAUAUCCUGGAUUUCACAGGCAUCCUUUGCCCUUGUGCCAUCUUUAGAAGCCAGUUGUGUACCUGGACAAACACUGUCAGCCGUGAGCUCCCUGCAUGUUUGCUGAUGGUUGUUCCUGACGAGGCAGGUAGGGAGAAAUUAGCACCGAGCCAUGGAGAAAUGACCUCGAGGCCUUCCUGCACAAGAUGAUGCUUCCUGUUCCCGCUUGACCGGCAUUGGAGGCCACAAUUCCAGACGUACCAAUCUGAUCUGAGGAUGCCACCUUUAUAAAGUAGUCUCAGCUGUCUGGAGGAAUCUCUGGCACUGGAGGAAGAAGAUAAAUGUCCUUCACACUCCAUCAGCAUGUGCCUUCAUCCUUCCCCUGGUAUUCAUAUGCAUUCUAUCUCAGCUCCUCUCUCCACCUCUCACAAAGGCUCAUGCUCUUCCACUUUCACUUGCUUGCAAUAUCUCCCCAUUCACUCUCACCCACCCUAACCAAGACACCAGUAGCCCUGCUUGCCCUCUACUGCUACUCAUUCUCUCCCCACCUGCAUCAAUAGUAAUAGCUAUGCCAUCCACUUCCAUUUUCAGUAAUACAUGCCUCUCUCACUUCCAUGAGGAAAAAAGGCCACAAUGGAAACAAAAAGAGUCAAGAUGAGUGAUGUGCUGCCCCUCAAUCAAUUUCUCACCCAUUAUGAGAAGAGCAUCUUGACUGAUCAAUCCGAGCAGAACCUGAACUGGUUUCAGAGCCUGCCCUUGAUUUACCAAGCCAGGAACCGGUGUGCGAAAGCUAUCUUCAAGACAUGCCUGAAGGUUGCUUACAUCUUUGUCAAGAUUUCUGUCUUUGUGACUGCACAAAAUGGCAUGGCAAGGCAGCUCUAAAAUGAGCCGGUACCUCAUGCUGAAGGGACAAAGGCAUGCAAGGCAGGGAUGCAGCGAGCAUCCAGGCAGGGUCACAGUGAGGGAGUGCAGAGAUAUAGCCAUGGUCCAGUCCAGCACUAGCAGUGUCCCUGGUGGGGCAGACAGGUCCAGAUGGACACAUCAGCAAUCAGCAGUGCACUGAAGCAUUGGGUACCCAUACUUCACAGUGAAAUGAACCCAUCACAUAGCCUUUACCAGAUUGUCUACUAGGGCUUAGACUUCCUUCCUCAGCUUACACUCAUCUGACGCCUACUGGCAUGACAUCAGCAUGCAUGCAUUGCCCUGCCAUGCUAUGUCUUGCAUUGGAAGUUGACACAGUCAGGCAACCAGGCAGGUGGCCAGGUUGUGCAGCAGUUCUCAGUCCAAGGAUACAUUUAUCUUGUUUUACAUAAGUUGCCACAUCAUCAAGCAUCUGUGCCAUACAGUGUUAAUGUUGCACUGAACAUCUGCAGCAAGCAGUGCAACAUAUCUGGAAGCCUUAGAAGACUAGUCCAUGGGAGUAUUUGUUAGUUGAUGGAAGGUAACCAAGAGCAGAAUUCCAUACCAGUCCCAGGCUUCAGGCAUCCUGUUGCAGUUUCAUUGCACAGUGUUGACAUAGUGUCACCAUGCUGCAGGGAAUCAGUCAUGAUCAGUCCUUUGUCUUCAUAGGGGCAUGUUCCAGGCGCAAGACUAUCAUGAUGGGUGACUUAUGUGUCUACCAGCUGGGUGUUUGGGCAGGUGCUGGCACUGAAAGGGUGGGCCACAGUCCCAUCGCAUCUGUCCACAGAAAUGAAGGGAGAUGGGGAAAUGCUUGGUGCCAGCUCAUUCUUCUCUGCUAUUUCUCCUAACUCCUAACACAAACAAUCAGGGCAACUUCUAUUGGCAGUAUUCCUGCAGGUGCACAGCGGGCUUUGAAAGAUGGCACGACCCCAAGUGAUGCUGAUCUUAUGGAGGACCCGUGCAUUGUCACAGGUUUCUCAGUGAACAGCAAAUGAUAAGAUGGGGUAAACUGGUGUAAUUCUCACCAUAAGGAUGCAAACAUUAAUUAAAGUAAUGAAUUUAGUAAGAUAUGGAGUUAACUUGCUUGGUCUUGUGGUAAGAAUCACUCCACCAAACUCAACAAGACUCGUUCUUACCCAGAAAAAGUACUUUUAGUGAUAAGAAUCUCAAUCACGUUUUUUCAAUGAAGUUGUUAUUCCCCUUUCAUUUAGGAUGGUUUAUACCUUUUCUGAAGGGUUAUCAAAUGGAUUGAUAUUGAAAUGUAGUUACUAAGAGAUAAUUGAGGCGGUGAUUGCCUAGUGGUAUUAUCACUGGGCUGUUAUUCUCGAGACCCAGGUAAUGUUCUGGGGACCUGGUUUGAAACCCACCAUGGCAGAUGGUGGAAUUUGAAUUUAAGAAAAAAUCUGGAAUUAAGAUGCUAUAAAUGACCAUAAAUGCAUUACUGAUUGUCAGAAAAACCCAUCUGAUUCACUAAUGUCCUUUAGGGAAAGAAAUCUGCCAUCCUUACCUGGUCUGGCUUAAAUGUGACUCCAGACCCACUGCAAAUGUGGUUGACUCCCAAUUGCCCUCUGGACAUUUAGGGACAGGCAAUCAAUGCUGGCCGAGCCAGAAUGCCUUCAUCCCGCAAAUAAAAAAUAGUUGGAGAAUAGAGGUUCUACUUAAAUCCCCCAUGAUAUGAUUUCUAAUUCCUUUUCACCUUGAUUUUUUUAAACACUUUAUGAACUCUGCCUUUCACUCCACUCCCUGCCCAAGCUGGAAUUUUCUUUGUUGUAUAAGAUAAAAACACAGUUUCAACACCACUUUAUGUUUGCGUAUAUUUUCAAAUUUAGCCUCUAAAUAUUUAUCUUUCUGUACUAUAAUCAUGCCAUUGAUGAACCUGGGAAAAUUGCAUCAGGCAAAUACGCUUUUCCUGAAUUGAAAAUUGAUAAAGAACAAUCUAUGGCCAGCUAUCUCACCAGAGCAUCUAAAUGAUCUAGCAGAAAUGUAAGGUGAAUGUCAGAUUUGUCAGAGCUUUGCUCCUGAAAUACUGUACCAGAACUUUGCCACAGCUGAAAGACAAAAAGAAAGGUUUCUGUGUUGGAAUAUGGCUCAUAUACUGAAAUUACAUUGAUAUUUUUAAUGCCUUUUAUAAUCAGUUGACAUAAUUAUCAUUUGGUACAUAUUGCUUAUCACUUUGUGAAUUAAUUUUACAUUACCUAUUUCAUGCAUUCUUUUUCACAAAUGCUCAGAUUUGACAUCAUACUAAGAAACAACUUCUAAUAUAGUUGUUCAAUAAAUCACAGGGACCUGAAAUAAAUCCUUAAUGGUGGCAUUCUGCAAGUAAAAUGGCUUGAGCCAUUUUAAUAUUCCAGUAUGAAGCUGCAGUAAUGACGUUUUCACACUUUCGCAUUACAUUUUAUGGGAUUUUUUUACCACAGAAUUUUUUUAAAUUCUCCCCCACACUACUGCCUAAUAGCGAUAGUGCUUAUUUUCCCCCAGCAACCACUGAUUUUUUUAAAGUGAUUUGUGAAAACUUUCAACUAAUGAUUGUUGAGUUUAUCUAUGUUAAUGUUCAAUGUCACAGCUGAAAGCACUUAUGAUUAAACAUUGUUUACCAAAAUAAGAAGAUGUUUGAGGGUUUUUGGAGUAGCAUAAUGAACAAUAAAGAAAUUGGUAGUCACUGAAAGAUGACUAGAUUAACUGCAAAGAUUUUAGCAGCCCUAUGGAGAUAGGGGGAGCUGGUAAAAUGUUUGGAGGGUAUUGAAAGAAACCCAACAACUUCCCACCAUAUAAAUAGUGGUCCAGCCAGGCACUGACCUGAGGUGAGCAACCAAUUGAGGUAAUUGUUGGCUGUUUUAAACCUUGUUUAAUAUUUCACCAGCACUGGACCUGGGCCUCUUAUGCUUUUGUGGUGCAAUAGUAAUGCCCCUACCUCUGGGCCAACUGGUGUGGGUUCAAGACUCACCUUCUCCGGAGGUGAGUCAUAGCAUAGCCAAACAGGUUUCUUCAAAAUAAUUUUUGGUUUGGUCCCUGAGCAUGCUUCAUGAGGAGACCAAAAGGUACAUUGAGUUGGCUAAGUAAGGGUGGGGUUAGAGGGGAUAUGGAGGUGUUGGUGGAUGGGAGGAUGGGUCUCUCCAAUGGCAAUGGCCAUUCUGGUGGAUUCGACAUCACUGCAUCAUCAACGUUUGUCUUUACUGAUAGCACAGGUGGGCAGGCUGCUACUCUAAAAUGGAUGCUAAUCUCAGUGGCCAUCACCAGUAAAAUCUCCUCUGUGGUUCCAAUACUUGCCUGCUCAGGCUCGGGAUCUACAACGUACUGAUAAAAUUCUGGCCAGAGCACUUGAAGCUGAGAUAAUUACUAAGCCAGUGAAAGAGUUGAACUAUUAAAAACUCCAGGUGAUCUUAACUUAUAUGAUUAAAAAUCGAAGUUCAAUAAGAAGUAUUUUAGUAUUACUGUAUUUCAAUCAGGUAUAUUUUCUAACUUUGGAAAUUAUAUAUAAUAUAUAUUAUAUAUUAUAAACCUGUUAUACAUUAUAGGUUUAAACUCAACUAAUAUUGGAAUGAUGCAGUUAUUAAAAUCAAAUUUAUUUUUAUGCUUAUGAUGAUUUUGAUUCUUUUCAACUUUCAAGUUACAAUAGUGAUUAUAUUUCAUGUUCGUAAUUAGCUUGAAGUGCUUUACAAUGUUCCAAGGCUGUGAAACUAUGUUAAUCUGAUGAUGGUUGAUCAUGAAACUAUUUGUGUUGAUUGUAAUUCUGUCUGUAGUUUCCAAGCUUACCAAAUAAACUAGUUGCUAGCAAGA